GAUUAUUUCUGCCCUUUGUAUUCUUUGAUUGACAUUUUCAAAAAGAUGAAAAUCUAUGCGUUCUUUUGCAUUCUUUCAGGUCUGAGUGUUGUGCAGAUGAACCCUCUGUACAUAAAGGGUCGUGUUGGUGAAAGUGUGACAAUCAGCUGCUCAGACUGGAACGUUCGGACUGAUGUAACAGAGAAUGUCAAGUACUUUUGUUCCAGUCCAUGCACGGAGGACCGACACAUCAUCAGCAAAGCAGAAUAUGGAAAAUUUCAAACAAAAAAUGGAAUAAAGUUACAUAACAAAGGAAAAACCUUGUUGGUGACCUUCAAAAGUCUCCAAAAGUCAGACUCCAAAACAUACUACUGUGGAGUGGAGAGAACUGGCUUUGACGCAUAUAUAAAGGUGAUUCUUAAUGUCAUGGAUGCUCUGCCCUCCAGUCCCAGAAUGACUCCAAAAACUAUCAUUAAUGUUCCCACCUCCUCAUUUGCAGUCACAACGAGCUCCACGAUGUCUUCUAACAGCUCAGAUGUUUUUACUGAUGCGUCUACGUCAUACACCACCCUCAAUACAACUACACCUGCUGCACCAGCACAAGGAUCUGAUAGCUCUGUUCUAUAUUUGGUUGUAGGUGUUCUUGUUGUAAUAACCAUACUGAUGGUCUCACUCAAGCUCAUGAACAUGAUGAUGAAACGGCGAUCGAAAGUUGUGUCAGGUGCUGAUACCGUGAACACAGAACCACAACAGGACGCUGCAUAUGAAGAAAUAAGACUUGAGGACCAGACCGACCCAGAUGCUCUCUAUUGUAAUUAUUCCGACCAUCAAGUCAAUGAUUUACCAGUUAAGAGGCCUAAAGAACAUUCAGACGUUCUUUAUUUAAAUCAAGCUGCCAGCUUCAUGGACAGUUCAAAGGGGGCGUUUAGAAAGAGCGAGCGCACAUUGCACUCUGUGUACUCUGUUGUUAAAAGUCCCAAAGAGCUAAUUGAUGCCUCUGUGCAAAGUGAAAGAAAAGAACCUGAGAUCAACGAAGAGGACUCUCUCUACUCCCUGGCUCAGUUACCACGGGCAACCUAAGGGAGGCUGCUGUGGUCCAAAUGGAUACAAAUUAGCUUUCUUGAUCAUUCUUUAAUGGGAAUGUAGUGUGUAUAUAAAGUACAUACAUAAUAAAAUAUCCAAAGACACUGCAUCGUUGAAAUAAUACUGUAUUCAUUAUCGUCAUUAAUAAUGAAAAUCUCUUGCAAUUUAAGAAGAGCAAAUGUAGUGUAGAGUCUACUUGCUGUGAGAUGUGUCACUCGUACACAUACACACACUCACAAACACACAUUAGAUACAUCCUGCAUAGCUGUAAAUAGCUGUGCUGCAUCAGCCUUUGCCACAAUGAUUCAAGUGUUAAAUUAAUGCUGCUUCUGCAUCUGAACAGUCUGAAGACUUACUUCGUCAAGCCCACCUCAUGAAGCCAAAGGCUGUUUGUAGUAUCACAACAGCACAUUUAAAUAUGUUUAUUUUAUUAUGUGAAUCAAGCACUCGCACCACUAUUGCUUUUUAAUAUCAAACGUUUUAAAUGGAAAGUCAUGUCUCAACUUUCCUCCUACAUGGUUAGUUCUUUUGUUUUUUAAAUAUUAUUUCUUGUUAUCACACAAGCAGAACUGGUGAUUGUUCAUGGUGUACAUGUUACACAAAUACAUUUUUUAAAGGAACAAUUGGACUGAUGGUUUUAUAGAUUCAUAAAAAGUAUUUACCGUCUUAAAAUAAACCUGAGAGUUGAUCUUAUUUUUAUA